AUGACGAGUAUUGAGGCUGGUAAUAGUGAUGAUGUUGGAUAWMYCACGAUGUCAACYGAGUUACCUACCAAUACCACAGGUAAUCUACUGGUGUCMGUUUUUUUCUUACAAAACCGUAAGAUUCUCCUGAAAAAGACCUACUACAUGGUCCUGUUUGCCCUGUCAAUCACCGACAUACUGACAGCUGUAUUCUUACUCGUGACGCCCGCAUUCCUCUUUAUCAGCGGUAUGCCAGAGCCAACCAAUCGAGUUGCGUUGYUGAUCUACUGCAAGGUAUUAUGGGGCAGACUGMUUUUGUUCAUUUUCGGAGUGGCUUCAGUUUACUUGAUACUACUGCUGACCGCUGACCGUUGGAUUGCAGUCAUGAAGUACAGUCAGUACAAGACGCUAAUAAACCGCAGUAGGGUGGUGAAAGGCAUCGUAUUAUCCUACAUUCUUGGAGUUCUGUUUGUGCUUCCAAGUCAUCCAAACGUCGAAGUUUAUCCUGAACGGCCUUCAGGGCAAAGAUGUAGUUUCAUAGCCACACCGCACUUGAGGAUCACAGUCACGAUAAACUUUAUUGGAAAAGCUCUGUUCCCAUUCCUGGCCGUAGCUAUCAUGUAUGCACAAGUCGUCUACAAGAUGAAGACGACGUCUCAGGUCUUGACACAACAACAGUCCACUAAAGAACCAAGAAAACGUAUCACAAAAAUUGCAUUUAUCGCUUCGUUUACCAUMCUGCUGUGCUGGCUACCYAAUCAGAUCAAUUUACUGCUAUUUGCCUACCAGAAAUCCUCGGUCGAGUCCUCGUUCCAUGACUUCACGGUCGGUUUGGUGUUCAUGACGUCAUCCAUCAACCCAUUCCUCUAUGGUUUAACGAGUAAGAAGUUUAGAAAGGGAUACUUGGAUAUAAUGCUAGGCAYCACACACUGCCGACGAUCUAUGGACAUCUCAAGUACACAGASCGCAGUCCAAGUAGGUCCAUCUGAAGUCCAAGAUCAAGCUAAAAGCACUCCAUUGCAAGUAUCACAUGAUAUUGCUAUGAAGGAAUCUUCUCUCAGUCUUUUAAGACUGACAUUAAAAUGUCAUCUGAACUGAACUAAACCAUGUGGGAUAAAAUAACGAA